GCAAGAGACAUUGUCAGAGUUCGCAGUUGCCGGCCGUUGUCAAGAAGGUUCUCUCGACGCUCGAGUGUUUCGGGCGUUGCCGCCUUGUCCGUCAAGCAGCAACUGCAGGGGCAACAGCAACGGCGACGUGGCUGCCACUGCGAUGGGCAGAAACAUAGCAAAACAACAUGGUGCGCCACUCCCAUGUUAUCAUUGGGGCCGCAGUGAAGCGGGCCCUCAAAGAACAAGCAGCGAAGCGACCCAAUCAAAAGAUGUAGCGCCCACUGCAGCGGCAGCCGCAGCA